GGCAUUGAUACCCUUCCAUAAAUCAGAAUGGUUUCGAAUAGGCAUUUCCGAGUCAUGGGCUACAUUUACACUGGAUUGUGUCUUGCCGGAUCGUUUCUGUUGAUCAUCAAUGCUAGUAAUACAGUGAAAUCGAUAAAUCCUAACCGUGAGAAUGUUAGCGGCUCCAGUAUUGUAGUACUCAUACUUUCAUUGAUCUCACUGAUUUUCGAUGUUUUUCUCACAUUUGGUAUGAUAAUGCAUCGCGUAGAUUUUAUCAGAUACCAUUUACGUUUUAUUUCCACUAUUUAUGUGAUGGUACUUCUUGGACUAUUCAUUGGAUGUAUCAGUGGUGGGAUUGCGCUGGGAAACAUGCCUUCGGUUGAUGCUAAUAUACCCAGUGCAGCAGCCAUCGCCAUGACAUUGGUGGUUAUGAUAGUGAUAACAUUUGUGACUUUGCUAUUCACGUUGGUCUCUCGAAUACUCAACGGCGUAAUUGAUGUCAUGUCUAAGGAUAGGAUGCGAUUGAUUUCACAUAAUGGGAAUGAAAUGGCGUAAAUCAGCAUAUGCUGUUCCUGACAGGGAGACUUUUAACUAUUUAUACUAAAAAAUAGUUCUCUAAGAACAUUCAUGGUGUUGAAGCAUUUUUGUUU